AUGUACAAAGUAUUUUUGAAUAAAUUUAAGUCACAAUGGAUACCAACACGCGUGGUAAUUUGCAUAAUGAUGUUUACAUGCUGCUGGACGAGUUACAUGUGUCGAUUGCAGAUGAGUAUCCUCGCAGUGCCGAUGAUAAAGACCCUUGAAGAUCAGCAAUCAUCACAUGGAGCGUGUGCGGAGCAGGAGACUUUAAAAUCCCGAAGAUCUGUUUUUAUUGACAGCGAAGAUUCUUCUGAAGAUAUUAAUAAAAAUGGAAACUUCACUCACGUGUUUUUACCUCGGAAAAUAAAUACGACGGAUGCGGUAUUAUUAUCAGAUGACAAUGAUAAUACGUAUUAUAAUUAUACGGAUGCGCUGAUACUAGACACGCGAAAGUCAAAAAGAACGACGGGGUUCCAUUUGUUCUCUAACACGCCCUUCGAAUGGACGCCAUUUAUACGGGGGCAAUUAAUAUCGGCAUACGCUUGGGGCAAUGUUCCGGGUAAUUUUCUUGGGGGGGUUCUCGCUCAGAAAUUCGGCCCGCGAAGAGCCGUUCUCUGGUCCUCGAUUCUUGCAAGUUUCGUCUCGUUGGCCACGCCGAUACUCGCCCAAUUAUCAUGGAUAGCUUUGCUCUUGUCACGGGUAAUUAUCGGUUUGACUGGAGGUAUUACUUUUCCGGCGUGUCAUACUCUGGUGGCAAAAUGGUCACCGCCUGACGAAAAAGGGAGGUUUGUUUGGACACUCCAGGGUGGAACUUUUGGCUCGAUAUUUUUGUUCGGUAUUAUUUCGGGAAUCGCGGAGAAAAUAAACUGGGAGUCAGGUUGGUAUAUUCCGGCGUUGUCGAUGAUGGUCUGGAUUGUUUUUUGGUGGUUUUUGGCCUAUGAUUCGCCGGAAGAGCAUCCUCAUAUCAGUGAAAAGGAGAAACAAUUUAUUGUAGAAUCGCUAUCAGGUUCGGUCAACGUAGAAAAACCAUCUUUCAGCAACACGCCGAUAUUAAAAAUACUAACAUCAAUUCCUUUCAUUUGCUUGGUCCUCUGCCAUUUUGGGAACGUCUUCUUACUAUUUUUCUAUCAAAACGGCAUGAUGUUGUAUCAAACAAAAGCUCUGGGAUUCAAAUUAACCAAAGGAGGAGUCGUCUCAGGAUUACCCUGGGCAAGUAGAGUUUUAUUCGCUUUCGUGUUUGGCUGGAUUGGCGACACAAUUAAACGGAAAGACAAACUAUCUGUUACGGCAUUACGGAAGUGCGCAACAGUAUUUUCUCAUUUUCUGCCGGGAGUUUGUCUCAUAAUAGUCGGCUACCUCGGAUGCUCGAUGGUUUGGGCAAACGUCUUUCUGGUACUUGCAUUGGGAUUCAACGGUGCAGCGUCAAUUUCAAACUUAUCAAACAAUCAAGACUUGUCACCUAAUUACGCUGGUUUUCUUUAUGGUAUUAUGAACACAGUUGGCUCCUUAUCAGGAAUCAUGAUUUCUCCGAUUGUCGAAGAAGUCGCUGGCAAGUGGGGGCAUCCAAUCGAAAAGUGGCAAAUACUAUUUUGGAUAGGAGCAAUUGUUUGUAUUACUUGCAUGGUAAUAUUUAUCAUUGGUGGAAGUGGACAAGUUCAAAGUUGGAACGAAGUACGAUCAAAUAAUCCUCAUAGACCUAAUCCUAUAAGUUCUAAUCAGGAAGAGUCAACAGCAACCACAAAAACUUAA